AUGAACAAUGACAUCCAACAAUCCACUUUAACUCCUGGAGAACUGCAAAAUACCUUACAAUCAGCCAUUGAUGCUUGUCGCUCUAACUUGGGAGGGAUUAACAAUCAAGCUAUGGUCCAAAUUGUCAAAGAAAAUCAGCCGAGUUACUGCGACAUUAUUCCUGGUCAUUUAUUAUACUAUGUUGGAACUUCACAAGAGGUUAAAAUUUACGUUCCAAUAAAUGCUGUUACCUCGACAAAUCUAUUUCAAACACAUAGUGCUCAACUGAAUCGUUUUUUGAACGUAUUAAAACGACUUGCAGAAGUUUUUCAACUCGCAUCAGAAGUUAUUCAUAUAUUCUAUGACACUAAUUCAAGUUCGGUUGCGUUUAACAGUAAGGGAGCAUUGUUCUUCAAUCUAAAAUUUUUCCUAAAAUCACAUGAUGAUGAGUGUGAAAUUGGGAACACUGGUAAUGCCAUGACUUACUGGUUUUUGACAUUUUGUCAUGAAUUGGCACACAAUAUUAUUUUUGUUCAUAAUUCUAAACAUGAAGUAAGUAUCUUUUAG